UCAUGGCAUGCUGAGUUUGGGAGUGCAGGAGGGAGAUGCCUUAAAAACGCUGACAGGCUAUAACACUCUCGGAGAGGCCCAGUCAACACAAGCAUCCUCAGUGCAGCCCAGCAGAGCUUCUGUGGACCCUCAUGUUUGGACCCGCCAAGAUAAAGAUGCUGGUGUCGAGCCUGGUACUACUGAUGGUGGUGUUUGUCAAAUGGGCUGAGCCGUACAUUGCACAAUACCGGGAUGCAGACCAAGACACAUAUGAGCCCAGAGAAAAGAGAUCCCCAGAAUACUACAGAGAUGGCAGUGGAACUGAGUGCAGGCGGUGCUGUGACCCUGCAGAGGAGGCCCCACAGUAUGCCAGUCCAUACCCCCACUACAAUAUUGUGCCACAGAUAAACAUCACCAUCCUAAAAGGGGAGAAGGGAGACACUGGUGAGCGAGGACUUUAUGGGAAAACAGGCAAGUCUGGGCAAACCGGACCCCGAGGGCCCCAUGGUGUGAAGGGAAACAAGGGCAGCAUUGGUGCUCCUGGAGAACCCUGUAAAUCCUACUACGCUGCCUUCUCUGUGGGCCGCAAGAAGGCCCUACACAGUAACGAUUACUACCAGACCAUGAUCUUUGACACAGAGUUUGUCAACUUGUAUGGCCACUUCAACAUGUUCACGGGCAAGUUCUUUUGCUAUGUCCCCGGCAUCUAUUUCUUCAGCCUGAAUGCGCACACUUGGAACCAAAAGGAAACGUACCUGCACAUGAUGAAGAACGAACAGGAGAUGGCCAUCUUGUACACUCAGCCCAGCGAUCGCUCCAUCAUGCAGAGCCAGAGCCUCAUGCUGGAGCUGGAGAGGGACGACCAGGUGUGGAUUCGGCUCUAUAAGGGCGAAAGAGAGAAUGCUGUGUUUAGCGAUGACUUUGACACCUACAUCACCUUUAGUGGUUACCUUGUUAAGGCAAAGUCAGAAGGUUAAGCAGAGCCAAUUUAUGGACAGCAGGGAUUUAUGUAACAGUGUCUAUUAAAUGAGAUGCAAUUUCUUGUUACUCUUUUUUGUAAUAUAUUUUUAACAGUUUUACAUGGUACUUCAGGAGGAACCUUGGUUUAUCUUUAUGAUCCAAAACUGUAGUGUCCUGUGUGUCUGACCAUCUUUAACUUUGUUACAGAGGCUGGUGCUACUUGACAAAUGUGGUAAAGGUUAUUGCGCUAGUAACAUUUAAAACAAUACAAAUCUGUAUCUACAAUCAAAAAAUUAUUUUUAAGACAUUAUCAUAUAUAUACAUAUAAAGACAACAGUAUCAUCAUUUUAAAAGAGAUUUUGCACAAUGUUUAUGGAUGCCUUUUUCAUGUGUAGAUAGAUACAUUAGCCAUCAUUUAACAGAUUACUUGAAAUGAUCAUAUUAUAUCUAUUAUAUUAUAAUAUAUAUAAAUCAGUAUUAAAUUGGUUCUAGAAAAUGGAACGCGGUGCUAUAAUUAUAAUUUAGGAUUAAUUCAAGAAAUAAUGCAAAUUCAGUUAAACAAUAAAAUCAUUAAAUCAGAAGAUGAUGAAGUACUAUCUUUUCAGAAAAGUUUAAUUAAUACCAAAUAAUUUAUUACAUAAAGAAAAAAAACAAACAAACAAGUAAACUGAAACAGUGAUGUAUGACAAAUAUUUUGGUAAAUAAAUAUUUUUAUCAUUUAAAGUAUUGUAGAAUGAGAAAAUAGGCUACUUAGUCUGUGCUGCAGACAGCUAGAGUAACUAUGAUAAAUGAUGAUACACCUUGAUCUCUAAAAGUACUGUAUUAUAAAUGUUAAAUUUGUAUAAAUGGAUGCACCGGUAAGACUUCAUGGUCAUAUCAGCGAAUAAACAACUAUAUUGUGGAUCUGAUGACAGUUAGACAAAUUGAUGCUUUGAAACAGAGGUAAUUAUAAGACUUUACCUUAAUAAAAAUAUGUUCUAGUUUUGCAUAAGGUCUCUAUAAAAUAACUGGAACUAUUAGCACUUAACAAAAUCUCUUUAUUUUAAAAGCUUCUGAAAGAACCAUGGUCAACCGCAAGUUUCUAUAAAAAGACUAACAGGGGCUUCAGCAGGAAGCACAUUUAUUAUUACUGUUAAUG